UAUGCUUGAUGAUUUAGAGGCUGAAGUAAAUGGAAAUAGAAAUUUUGUUGAUAAUGAUGACGUUAGUUUUUAUAAUGCCAAACAUCAAUUAUCACCCCUUGAAAAUCUGUUGAAAGAAUCGAAAAAAUCGCUCCUGAACGUCGCAGCUCUAAAGUCUCUCGUGGUUCUCGUCGUGGUUCUCGAGCUUCUAGACAAUCAUUUGAGUCUCGUAUGUCCUUGGACCGUGAUGAUGAUUUUCUUGUGGAAGAAUUAUCUGAUUUACGUUCUCAAUUAAUUUUACUGUAUAUUUCUUUAUCAGAACUUGAAUCUUAUAUCGAAUUGAAUCGUACAGCCUUUGAAAAGAUUUUAAAGAAAUAUGAUAAAGUCCUUGAAGGCAAUUUAAAAGAACAAUAUAUAAAUAAGAUGGUUAACGAGAGUCGUCCAUUUAUGCCCGAAACCAUGAACGUUCUUAAAGGUCAACUUGCUCGUGUCGAAACUAUUUUUGCAAAUGCCUUUUGUGGUGGCUCACGCGUAAUCGCUCUUCGUCAAAUGAAGAGUCAUUUGCGUGAUCAAGUUACAUUUGAACGAAAUACGGUUUGGAAAGAUAUGGUACGUCAAGAACGUAGAAACCAUGAUACCAAGUUAAUUGAGCCUACUGAAGUUAAAACGUAUAAAGUACCAUUUACAAAUUUCCAACUUGAUGCUUCCAUCUUGCGUCAAAUUUUCUGUGUUGCCCUUUCUAUUGCUGCUCUUAUUAUUUUAUUAUGUGUAGAUUGUUUUGGUAAUCGUCAAGAAAAUUAUUGUUUUGCUUUACUUAUUUUCUCUGCCAUCAUGUGGGCUACAGAGGCUAUCCCUCUUUAUGCUACCUCUUGUCUCAUCCCUUUCAUGAUUGUGCCGCUGAAAAUCAUGUGUAAUCCAGAUGGCUCUGUUAUGACGGCCAAAGCAGCUGCUAAAGCUACUUUCUCUGCUAUGUUUAGUGGUACAAUUAUGAUGCUUCUUGGUGGCUUCGCUCUUGCUGCUGCUCUUUCAAAAUAUGGUAUUGCCAAGGCCUUUGCCUCACAUGUAUUAAGUCGUGCUGGUACUCGUCCUAUGUGGGUUUUAUUAGCUAUCAUGUUUGUUUCAGGUUUCCUUAGUAUGUUUAUCUCUAAUGUUGCCACUCCUGUUCUUUGUUUCUCUUUAAUUGAUCCUAUUCUCCGUACUUUACCCGAUAAAUCGCGUGUAGGCCCUUGUUUGAUUCUUGGCAUUGCUCUCUCUAGUUGUAUUGGUGGCAUGACCUCUCCCAUUUCUUCCCCUCAAAAUAUCAUUACUAUUCAAUAUGUUAAUCCUAAUCCUGGUUGGGGUAUCUGGUUUGGUGUUGCUUUGCCUGUUGCUAUCUUAUCCAUGUUCAUCUGUUGGGGGCUCUUAUUACUUGUCUUUAAACCCGCUAGUGAUACCCCUCAUUUAAAUACGGUUAAGCCUGCAAAGGAGAAGAUUACUUGGCAACAAGUAUUUGUUGUCUUUAUUACGAUUGCUACUAUUGCUCUUUGGUGUGCUGAAUCAUCUAUUGAAUAUGCUAUGGGUGAUACAGGUAUUAUUGCCACGAUCCCCUUGUUUGUCUUCUUUGGUGUGGGUAUUUUGAAUAAGGAAGAUCUUCACAACUUUUUAUGGUCUGUUGUUGUCCUUGCACAGGGUGGUAUGGCCCUUGGUAAUGCAGUUACUUCCUCUGGUUUAUUAAAAGAUAUUGCACUUCGUCUUAAGGAUGGUAUUGCUGAUUUACCAGCUAUCGCUAUCUUGGCCAUUUUCAGUUUCCUUAUCUUAGUCUUUGCUACCUUUGUUUCUCAUACUGUCGCCGCUUUGAUUAUUGUUCCAAUUGUUCAAGAAGUGGGUCGCAAUUUACCAGUACCUCGUCCCAACUUGUUGGUGAUGGGAGCUGGUUUAGCUUGCUCUGCUGGUAUGGGUCUUCCUGUUUCCGGUUAUCCAAACAUGUCUGCUGUCAUGCUUGAAGAUCCAUCAGGUAAACCUUAUGUAACAACCAAACACUUUAUUAUCAGUGGUAUCCCUACAAGUAUCAUUUCUACUGUUUUAAUCUUUACCCUUGGUUAUGGUAUCAUGUCAGCCAUAGGUUAUUAGUUCCCUCCUUCUUCUCCUCCCCUUCCCCUCCCCCUCCCCCUCUUUCUCCCAUUCCACUUAUUUUGUUUUGUUUUUAUAUAUUGUAACUUUUUUUUCCUAUUUAUAUUAUUAUUGUUAUAUUUUUUUUUUUUU